AUGUCUCCAAAGGUGACCAUUUUUCUAUGCGUUCUGGCAGUAGCCAGUGCUGGCAUUAUCGGCACUGACUAUUCUCCAGCAACCUCAGUCUCUUACUCUUCCAUUUCGACGCCAACCAUCAAAACCAUUGAAUCGCCAAAGCUGGAAAAGGUCAUCAGCUCUCCGCUCGUCUACAGCAAGGCUUAUACCCCAGCGCCUUACUAUGAAUCGGUUCUUUCCACGGAACAGCGCAAGCUGCAAAACAGUGAUGGUUCAGAACAAACUAUCUACUCAAAGUCUUUGAAUACGGCUUACGCAGACAUUAAGAAAUAUGAAUCGCGUACCACAGAUGGCAAUGGAUAUGGUCAUCACUUCCCCAUCUACUCUACGGGUAUCCAUGAAAACCCAUAUGUAUACCAUCCGACAUACAACUUUGCCGCUCCUGUCGUCCACACUGUGACGAAUCCAGCUUUGUCUAAGUCGAUUUCGGUUCCCAUCUACACAACCCACUCUAUUCCUGUGACUAAAACAAAAACAACUAAGGUAAUUAGUACACCCCUGUACACUAAGACUAAAAUAAUAACAUCAGGUAUACCAACUUAUUCGUCUCACACUCCGGUGCUAGUGUCUCCACCAGUGAAGACGGCUAUCACCUACUCGGAUGCACCACUAGUAUCCCACAUGACUUUCUCUGGCCUCGGUGCGUCCUAUGGAUGGUAAUUCUUAUUUUUCUA